UCAACGACUCUGCUGUAACCGCUGGUGACAACCUGCACUUCAAGCCGCUCGCUGUCUCUCCCUUCUCUCCCUCACUCCUUUACACCUGUAUCACUAUUCAGACAGCAUGGCGAAGGGGAUGUUCGGGGGCCUAAAGGGCAUCGAUGCCUUUGGCAAGACUAUGGAAGAUGUGAAGGUCAAGACGAAGACCGGUGCUUUCUUGACCAUUCUGUCUGCCGCAAUCAUAUUGGCAUUCACGACAAUCGAGUUCUUGGAUUACCGACGCGUCAAUCUAGAGACAUCCAUUGUGGUUGAUAGAAGUCGUGGGGAACGUCUGACCGUACGAAUGAACGUCACCUUCCCAAAGGUGCCAUGCUACCUACUUAGCUUGGAUGUCAUGGACAUUAGCGGAGAAGCACAACGCGAUAUUUCACACAACAUUGUUAAAGCUCGUCUUGACGCAAAUGGCGCAGUCGUCCCAAACUCACACAGCGCGGAGUUACGAAACAAGUUGGAUGUCAUGAAUGACCAGACUCAGGAUAAUUAUUGUGGUUCUUGCUAUGGUGGUGUUGCACCAGAAGGCGGUUGCUGUAAUACUUGCGAGGAAGUUCGUCAGGCAUACGUGAAUAAGGGAUGGAGUUUCAGCAAUCCAGAUUCAAUUGAGCAGUGUGUACGGGAGCACUGGUCAGAAAAACUCCACGAACAGUCAACUGAAGGGUGCAACAUCUCGGGUCGUCUGCGUGUAAACAAAGUCAUUGGCAACAUCCAUCUCUCUCCGGGUCGCUCGUUCCAGACAAACUACAUGAACAUUCAUGAACUCGUUCCGUACUUGAAAGAAGACAAGAACCGCCAUGACUUCGGGCACAUAGUACACGAACUCUCAUUUGAAGGUGAUGACGAGUAUAACUUCAGGAAGAAAGAAAGGAGUAAGGGUAUCAAGAAGAAACUUGGUAUUGAGGCGAACCCGUUAGAUGGAGCUGUUGGAAAGGCUGCAUCACUACAAUAUAUGUUCCAGUACUUCGUAAAAGUCGUUUCGACAAAGUUUGAACUUAUGGACGGACAGACGGUGAAAACGCACCAAUACAGUGCAACUCAUUUCGAGCGUGACCUUACCACUGGCGCUAUUGGACAAACAAAGGAAGGUGUCCAUAUUGCUCAUACAAACGUCGGCAUGCCGGGAGUAUUCAUCAACUACGAGAUUUCACCGCUUCUCGUCGUACAUAGCGAGACUCGCCAAUCCUUCGCGCAUUUCCUCACUUCGACGUGCGCAAUUAUCGGUGGAGUCCUGACCAUUGCGACGAUCGUGGAUAGCGUAGUGUUCGCGACUGGGAGAAGAUUGAAAAAGAGUGGGGUAGGAUCUGCAAAUGGGUAUAGCAGUAGUAAAGUCAUGUAACAGAUUUUGACUGCUUAUGCGUUAUUUUUCUUUUUGCCAC